CAUUGUCACUCAUCAGACACCAGGGAAGAGCAAAAAGAGGAGAAGUGGCAGGGAAUUUGAGAAAAAGCACCUAAAGAUGUCUCGGUACCACAAAGCGGCGGUUGAUGGCAACCUUGACCUGCUGAAAGAGGCCACAAGAAAGCAUCUAAACACUCCUGAUGACGAUGGCAUGACUCCCACCCUGCUGGCUGCUUUUCACGGACACGUCGAUGCUCUUCAGCUUAUAUGCAGCAGAGAAGGCGAUCCCAACAAAAGUGACAUCUGGGGGAACACGCCGCUACACCUCGCAGCCGCUAAUGGCCACAUGCACAUCAUCAGCUUUCUGGUUAACUUUGGAGCAAACGUUUUCAGUCUGGACAAUGAUUUCCACACAGCUAUGGACGUUGCUGCUUCUCGUGGCCGCAUGGACUGUGUGCGCUUCCUGGAUGAUGCCGCCUCACAGCAAACCAACCAAAAUCCAAAAAAGGUAGCAAACAUGAAGAGAGAGGCCGAGAAAGAGGCAGAGAGACGCGUGAAACUCUGCGAGAAGGUGAAGAAGAGGCACCAGAGCAAGAUGGAUAGAAUGCACAGAGGUGGCAGCAUGAAUGGGUCCGUUUCUGAGGCGAGCAUGGGAUCAGCCUUCUCAGAUGGCAGCACCACAGGUGGCGUCAAUGAACAAUAUUCCAAGCUUAUUUCAGCAAACAAAUCUGGCUCUCUUACAGCUAGGGUUAAAGGCACUCUCCAGAAGAUAGGGAAGAAAGAAAAAGGUACGCUGCAGGGAUCAGGAAGAGGUGGGGAUGUCAUCUUCCGUAGACAGGAGAAUGAAUCAUCCGGUAAACCAGAGUUUUUGGAUGUCUUUGAUGAGCAAGAUGAGAAUGAGAUGCUUAGAGGAGAGAUGGGGGGUUAUGAAGAUGACGACACCGGAGACGACUCAAGCCAUGCCAAACAGUCCAUCUUUAACCGACCUGGGUUUGGAGGCCUGAUUUUCAUGAAGAAGAUGAACAUGGAGGCGGAGGAUGUUGUUCCCUCUGUGAAUAACGAAAGUCUUGGUUACCUUGUUGAGAACCAUUUGCUUGAGGCAGAGGAUGAUGCUGGAGGCUUUGGGGAGAUAGAAGAUGGUGACCUUCCUUGGGAUCAAGAGGAUCUGGGACUGGAUGAUGACGAGGAUGAGGAAACAUCUCCUUUGGAGGUUUUCUUGUCCGCCAUCUCCUUGCCAGAAUUUGCCCCCUCUUUCAAAAGAGAGCAUUUGGACUUGGAAGCCCUCCUUCUUUGCUCUGAUGAUGACCUAAAAGGCAUUCGCAUCCAGCUGGGACCCAGGAAGAAGAUCUUAGAGGCUGUCGCUCGCAGAGCAAAGGCAAUGGAUAAACCCGGCACCAUAAAGGACAGCAGCUUGUGAUCUACAUACCCCUCACUUUCAAAUCCUGUGGCUUUAUAAUAAAACUAAGUCUGCAACUUUUAUAGAUCUUGAUUUUUUUGUACAAUAAUGAUUUUACAAACUCUUCCAAUAAAUAUUUUUUAAAUUUUAAAUGCAAGGUGUAACAUUUAUAGAUAAUUAUCAGCGUGUAAUCUAUUUAAGUUCUCAUUAGAUAAAAAAUUGGAUCAGUAAUAACUUGAACAAGCCUUGAAAGUUGAGAAGGAAAUGCAUUAUGCCUUUUCUAACAGGGCCUUACAAAUACAUAGACAAGAUGUAAUCAAUCCUAAUUUCUAGACAUUGACUUUAAAUGUUCCAGUUGCAUUAAAUCGCAUUUCCUUUUUUCAUUUUAGAUAAUCUUAUCAAUAAUCAGCAUUUGUGUGUGUCUAUGUCUACCAUGGAUUUAAACCACUAUGAAUAUAGCAUGUUAGGAUGUUAGUAAUAAAGCUGUUCUUCUGUGAAUAGUGUGAAAUCUGUAUGGAUUAUGCGUGUUAUUAUAUUUCUGUUUCUU